AUGGUUCAUAUUCUUGAUCUACCCAAUGAAAUAUUACUUAUGAUCAUAAAGAAACUUGACAAUAUUGAUGUUCUUUAUUCGCUAUUUGGAAUUAAUAAUGAACGCCUUGAUAUUUUACUUCAAGAAGAUGUAUUUACUAACACUCUCAAUUUUGUAAGAACAUCAUCAAUUACUGAUAAUAAGCUUGAUCGAUUUUAUACUUAUAUAUUACCUCGAUUUCAUCACUGUAUCAAAAAACUCGUUCUGGAAACAAUAUCUAUGGAACGUAUUCUUCUUGCUGGUGAUUAUCCAAAUUUGACUUCUUUAGAACUCUUCAAUUUUGAUCAAGAGCAAAUUUCUCUUUUUAGAGAUGACUCAGCCGUUAGACAUAUUUUUCAAUAUCAAAUAACAGAUCUUAUUCUUCAUAAUAAUGAUGAAUAUAUCAGUGAAAUGCGGUUGGAUACUUAUACUAAAAAUGUUUUCAUUUUAGAUAUGGCAUUUGUUCUAUUAACUGGUAAUGGUUCAUCAUUUGACAAACGUUCGUAUACAAUGGCGUUGAUCUGUCUUAUUCUUCUUUGCCUAUUUACUUAUUUUUCAUCAUCAUUUGCUUCACCUUCUAUCAAUGCUGAUCCAUUAUGUGAUAAUCUGGAUAAAUUUGACAAUAGUCAGGAAAUAAAAUAUUAUAGGCUAUUACAACUACCAUCAAAUCAUUAUAUAAAUGUUUCUGAGCAAGAAGUAUUAACGUUAAAAGCUGGAUUUUUUCGUAUUCUAAAUAAAGCAUCUUUAAUUCAACCUGAAUAUCAACAUAAACAAUGCAACAGCAAAUGUUAUACAUCACAGUCAUUUCAUGUUAUGCUUAGUUGA